AUGGCCUUUCAGCAGGGCGGCCCAGGAAACGGCGGGCCUGGAAUGGGCCAGGGUGAGCAUCAUGGACCUCAGGGAACGGAGUACACUUUACAAGGUGUGAUGCGCUUUCUACAAAUGGAAUGGCAUAAUCAUGAGCGAGCGCGCAAUGUGUGGUCGAUUGAAAGAGAGGAGAUGAAAAUAAGAAUCGCGAAGCAGGAGGGCGAGCUUCGUCACGCUAAGCGGAUGUACGAGCAGAUGGAUCGGAAGGUCAGAAUGCUAGAGCUUGCCAUUGCGAACGAACGCAAGAACAAGGCAAACAGCGCGAACGGCACACCCGCGGAGGCCAAGCUGGCAGACACGGAGGGACAGAAUGAUCUCCGAUCAUCCUCAAAAGCCGCUGCAAAGAAGGAUGAUUCCAAAAGUGUAGACAGGCCGAACAACCGUACGCUGAUUCACCAUACUACGCCUCUCCGUUGGCAAGAAUAUGCUGACCAGCCUACAGAGCCCCAUAAUUCAUUUUUAGAAACAGCUGGAACCAAGAAUGUCACGGGCAAUCCAGAAGAUCACAUUGACAAAACUUCCAAAUAUCUCAAGGACUGCAUGGCAGAAAUAACUUAUCUGCUACAGCAGCCUCCGACCGGGCCUGUCGACGCGUCAAAUGGUUACGCAGGUCAACCAGGUCAGCAGCUGGGCGUUCCGGAGGAAAUGCUAUGGCCACGGCAAUCGCAACGUGUACCUCGUCAACCAGCUACAUACGCUUCUCAGCUCCCCCCGACUCACCUACCGCCCCCGCUGCCCAACAGCCUUCCACAAAGCUCUGCCCAGCUGGAGGAACAACGCAGUGGGCGUUAUCCGGAAUACUCGUCUCUUCCUCAAGCAUCCAUCGACAACCUGCAGCAAAAUACGCAGCACGUUCCUGCUCCUUACGAUGAGCCGGCCGAGACCAUAACGCAUACUUUCGACAAUCGUGGUCGACCAAUUGAACCAGAACCACAAUUGCCUCAACGCACCGAGCGAGGGCAAGCUGAACCAGAUGGUUGGACUUUUGAUGAAGAAGUCUUGCCGAGCACGGAUGGCUAUGCCACAGAAGUUCCUACCACACGUAGACCCGAUACUGAUCUUUUCCCAAGCGCUGCCGGCAGCACCCAGCUACCUGCAAAAUCACCACCUCGAAAUGGCCCCCAGGCACACCGGAGAAAGAAUUCAGGUUCGCAAUCCAUGGCGCGGCGACGGAGCUCACAGGGCAAAUCAGAAGCUUACGACAGCGCUGAUACUGCUUCGGGCGGAGAUCCAUCCCAAUUCAAGGUCAAGUUUGCGCUACGUGGACAUCUGGACGUGGUGCGAAGUGUCGUGUUUAGCGGAGGUGGCAGUCCAAGCGAGCCUGAGGUUUGCACUGCUAGUGAUGAUGGUACGGUCAAACGAUGGAUUGUGCCCGCAACAUAUCAGAACUACAACAUUGGCAACAAUAACUCUGAUCUGGAUAUACAAGCUUACUUCACUCACCGCGGCCACGAGGGCAUUGUGACUUGUUUAGCAACCUGUCCUGCUAGCACUGGCUUUAGCACCGGCGGUCGAGCAAACGGCGACGGCUGGAUCUUUUCUGGUGGCCAAGACGCAACUGUUCGUGUAUGGGAGCGUGGUCGUGUGGAUCCCAAGGCUACUCUUGAAGGCCAUACAGAUGCCGUCUGGGCAGUCUGCGUACUGCCGGCAUCUGUCGGUGUAGUGUUUGGCCAGCUCAGCGGAAACUUCGGCGGCCCCGAUCGACUGCUGCUCGUGUCCGGAUCUGCAGAUGGUACAGUCAAGGUCUGGGCGGUCAGUGCUCCACCACAAACCUCAUCGCCGGCAACAGGUAGCAGGCGAGGUGUUGGCGGGAGUCGCAGACAUAGUGUCACGAGUGGCAGCAAUUUCCCAUCGAGCCCGCAACCGAGUGUGGCGAGUACGACACCAUUCGGCUACACACUGAUCCACUCGAUCGAGCGACCUGCCAAUCAAGGAGCCAGUCCGACCAGCAUCUGCGCUCUCUCACCAUCUGGCGAGACUUUCGUAGUGAGCUACACGGACUCUUCCGCCUUGGUUUAUGAUACACGAAGCGGCGAGGAAAUUGUCGGCAUGGCAAGCAAUGAGACAUAUGAUGGUACCAUGGCCACCAGUAUCAAUGCCGUCGUUGCGACGAGCACCAAUCUGGAGGGAACCGGACACAAUGGUAUCGACUCAGACGAAGUAGGCGGUGGGGCAACAGGCGGGCGCGACGGAGUCGAAGGCGUCAUCAUAACUGGUCACGAAGAUCGCUUCGUACGAUUUUUCGAUGCUCACAGUGGUCAAUGCACGUACACAAUGCUUGCCCACCCUUCAGCGAUCUCCGCAUUAUCGUUAUCGAAAGACGGCCGGGAAGCCGUCUCAGCUGGCCACGAUGCCAGCAUUCGUUUCUGGUCUCUCGAGAAGCGGAUCUGCACCCAAGAUAUCGUUUCGCACCGCGCCAUGCGCGGCGAGGGUGUAUGCGAUGUCUGCUGGAGCCAAGAUGGCCGUCUUGUCGUCAGCGCUGGCGGCGACGGCGUCGUGAAAGUCUUUGUUCGAUGA